AUGCUACAGUGGUUGUAGUUCACGGUGCCGCCAACAGGAUCGCAUUGUUCGCAAGGCAGCAUACAGAACAUCAUUAUUAUCAUAGCAACACACGUCUUCACUCAGCGGUCUUCUAACUUCCAUUUCUACAACGAUGGACGCGGGGUUCUUCCGCGGCACGAGCGCAGAGCAAGACAACCGGUUUAGCAACAAGCACAAGAAACUGUUAAAGCAGCUGAAAUUUGCAGAAUGUCUUGACAAGAAGGUGGACAUGACCAAAGUGAACCUGGAAGUCAUAAAGCCAUGGAUUACUCAGCGGGUCACAGAGAUUUUGGGGUUCGAGGAUGAUGUCGUCAUAGAAUUCAUAUUUAACCAGCUCGAUGAUAAGCACCCGGAUAGCAAGAUGAUGCAGAUUAACUUGACGGGUUUCCUGAAUGGGAAAAAUGCCAGAGAGUUCAUGAGAGACCUCUGGCCCCUGUUGCUGAGUGCCCAGGAGAACAUUGCUGGCAUCCCAACUGCAUUUUUGGAGCAGAAGAAAGAAGAAAUCAAGCAGAGACAGAUUGAACAGGAGAAACUUGCUUCUCUGAAGAAGAUUGAAGAGGAGAAAAAGGAUUCAAGAGAGAGGGCUCAGUCAAAGAGCCCAAGAAGACGUAAGACGAGGUCCCCAUCGCCGCGACGCAGGUCUCCAGUAAGACGGGAGAGGAAACGUAGCCCCUCACGCUCUCCAAGGCGUAAAGCUACUUUACCUGGUGGGAGUUCACCUCCUCAACCUUUGAUGCAACUGUCCACAAAACCUGUGGAGCAGCCAGUGGAGCCUGACACAUCAGGAAGAGCCAUGCCAGAAGCAGUCAUCCAAGAAGCAUCUUCAACCAGUGAAACUGUUGUGGAGAUUGUGAAAGCAGACUCUGUGACUGAAGACAAGGAACUGCCACAGGAGAAGAAUAAGAACGAGGAAAGGCCUAAGUCCAGGGAAAGGGAGAAGGACAGUAGGAAAGAAAGACCUCCGCGUCGCUCCCGUUCUCAUUCCCGACACCGCAAACGUCGCUCCCGUUCAAGAUCUUAUUCUCCACGUAGAAGGCAAAGUCCCAGAAGGAGAAUGUCUCCACGUCGUAGGAGUCCACCCAGACGUCCACCCCCCAGUUCCAGAAACAGACACAGGCGUUCUCCUGUCCGUAGGAGGCGCUCUCGCUCUGCUUCAUCGUCUGGCAGCAGCUCCUCUCGCUCUCGCUCACCUAAAAAAGUAAUGAAAAGACUAUCCAACACGCCACCACGAAAACAGCCUCAUUUUUCUGAGGCCUCUAUUAGCCCUCCGAGGAAAGAUAGGCGUUCACCAUCUCCACGGGUCAGAAGGAACAGAGCCUCAGUAUCUCCUCCCAGAUCGUCUGAAGAGGAUAAAAACGAGAAAGGGGCAACUGCAGAUUCGGUGCAGCAGAGACGACAAUAUCGUAGACAAAAUCAGGAAUCAUCUUCAGAUUCAGGAUCCUCCUCCUCAGAUGAGGAUGUGUCUAAAAGACCAAAGGGAGGACCAGGGGCCAGGAAUGGUGAUGUUAAAAGGAGGCGUAGCCACACACCUUCACCUAGAAGGCGACCGAGAGACAUCUCUCCUAGGAAAAGACGUUCACCAUCUCCUGGUGCACGCAGACGCCGUUCUCCUAGUCCUCUAAGGCGUCGCAGGUCCCCUUCACCACGACGAAGGUCUCCUUCCCCACCUCCCCGCAGACGGUCUCCAUCCAACAGACGAUAUUCACCACCUAUCCAGCGUCGCUACAGCCCCGUACCUCCUCAGAAGAGGAAAUUCUCUAACUCUCCUCCUAGACGUGCUUCGCCAGUUCACAAACGCCGUCCUUCUAGAUCUCCAAAACGCAGAAGUUCUCCCAUUCAGCGGCGACGAACACCGCCCUCGUCUGCAUCCCCACCCAGACACAGAAGAAGUCCCAUGUCCUCUUCUGUUCGGCAAAGUCGAGAUGCACGAUCCCCUCCUGUAGCAGCAAAUCGUCGCUCCCAGUCCCCUGCAAACCGCAGUCGCAGUGCUGUGAGGCAGUUCGAAUCUGCCAACCAACGGAGACAUUCUCCACACAGUGAAAAACCUAUCCGAAGAGUCUCCCGCACCCCAGAGCUGGAAAACAAGAGACUUUCUCCGAGCCCCCAGCCUUUUAGAAGAGUUUCCUCCAGAUCUCGAUCCUUUUCUCCACAACCAGCUGCUGCGAAGCACGCUGCUCCCACAUCUGCCUCCCCCUCACCAUCUCGAUCAAACAGUGCAUCUCCCCCACCGGCCAAGAAGGCAAGCAGUGGCUCUGGCAGCCAUUCACCUAGCAAGAAUUCAGAUGUUGAUGGCAGUGCCAAGAAGAAGAAGAAAAAGAAGGAAAAGAAACACAAGAAGGACAAGAAACAUAAGAAGCACAAGAAGCAUAAGAAAGAGAGGAGCAGCAACGCAGCGAGUGGAGAGACCCAGCAGAACCAGGGUGGGGAUGAAGAUGGUGAAUCAAGAAAGGAAUCAGAGAGUGAAGUGGAGGAUACGUUGGAUGACCUUGAGAAACACCUUAGAGAGAAGGCUUUACGCUCCAUGAGGAAGGCCCAGGUUUCACCCUCACAAAUGUCCUAAAUCUCAAGGGGACCCGGCAUCUCUCCCUAUAUGUUAACCCUGAUAUUUGAUCAACCUGAUUCAAAUUAGAAAGUUACAAACUGUUAAUUUUGCUUUUUUUUUUUUUUUCUUUUCUUUUUGGUACAUUUUGAGGUUGCAUUUGAGUGUGGUUUGUCACUUUCAGCUUAACUGUAAAAAGCUUGUUGUCCAUUCAUUAGCUUAGGAACAUGUAAAUUGAGGGAUGAUUUAGACACAUUUUCUCCCCAGAACCAAAAUAAUUCUUUUCAUAAGUGAUUGCAUGUGCAGUGACUGUGUUUGAUAUGCAUGAAUGACAAGAUGCUAUGGCAUUUACCGGUAUAUAAAAACCUGCACAUAAGGUUAUUUCGAUUAAUCUUCAAGGUGGAAGCAGUGUCACUGCUGUUUAAAGAAAAAGUCCUCAUAGCAGGGCAAAAUUGUAUUUACAGUACCAGUUGUUUGUGUGAGUUGUUCCAAGAGGAGGCUUUAAUUUAUCCCUUUUAUUUUAAUUUUUUUUUUUUUUUAACUUUCUUGCACCAAGCUAAUUCAUGUCGGACUGCUUAGUUUUGUAUUUAGUACCCAUUAUUUGUCUUGUCAUCCUUUCAGAAUUAAAAGUUUUUUUUUUUUAAAUGAUAUCUCUGUUUAAAAUUGAAUCAACACUACUAUUUUUGAUAAUUUAAAAAAAUGACUUUAUAAACUAUAUAAAAUCACAGUGGUCUACAGAAUAAUGGGAAAUAUUUGCUUCAGUGUUUUAAAAAAAAUGGCUAAAUCGUAUUUUCUCUGGACACAUGGAUUUGAAAAACGUUUUUAGCGUUGGCUAAAGUAUUUUAGAUGCUUGACUACAAAGAUACAGGGGUUGGACAAAUUAUUUGGAACACCUUAAAUCAAAAACUUUAAUCUGGUGUAGGUCCGCCUUUUGCGGCAAUUACAGCCUUAAUUCUACAAGGUAUUGAUUAAUACAACUGAAUUGUUUCCAAAGGAAUUUUUAGCCAUUCUUCAGUUCGAAUACCCUUUUAACUCUUUUAGAGACCAUGGCGGUGGAAAUCGACGUCUUAAUUGAAUCUCUAAAACUGACCACAAUAAUGUUGAGAUCUGGGGAUUGAUGCUCAACUUCGUUAGUAUGUUCCUCAUGCCAUUCUUUAACAAUUAUGUUCAAUGAUUGCUGCCAAAAUGUUAGGUUUUGCCAUUAUUUUGUCCAACCCCUAUACAUUAGUGACAUUUUUCAGUUACAAGUGGCUACCUUUGACAUGAGAUUGAAAUAAUGGUGUUUGCCACCACGUAUGAAAUGUACAGUAUUAAUGCGUUUUGUUCACUUCCAAAACUCCAGGAUUUAUGCAAUACAUUUAAAAUGGUAUAGUUUGUCAAACCUCAAAGUAUUCUGAAAAGGUAGACCAUUUUUAGGUAGAUAUGUUUACCCAGAAAUGACCAGUUUCAGUUCAAUUAAUAUUCAUUUUCACCUAAAUUGCUUGGAUUUGAACAUUUCUCCCAGAUAGUUUGUCUUGCAAACUAUAGUCAUUUUACACUUUUGAGCUCAUAUUUCCUUUUUAGUGACCUAAGUUUAGUAGUCACACUACUUUUUUCUAGGAAGCAUUUAUCUUGUAGACCAGUGACAUUAUAGAUUUUUUUCUAAAAUGUUUUUAUACAACAUAAAAGUUAAUAAAAAUAGUUGAACUCAUUGGCUGCCAAUUCAUUUUGACUGAAUGCUAAAAACUAAUAAAAAAAAAAAAAGACUGCUCCACCAAUGAGGGGUUCCUCAUGAGUUAAAAUUAGUGCUUUGUAAGGGUAAAAAAAUAUCGGUUGCCAAACAUCACUUGAAAAAUGAAAUUGUCCCGUGUUCAUAAAAAAAAGUAUGCUUUUUUUUUUUUAAGAGGGAUGGGCUUUGUCCCAUAUUAUGAAAAUUUGAAAUAUAGUCUGAUUUGCAGAACAAAUAAAUAUUGGUUUGGAAGCAGGCAAACAUUCCCAUGCCUCUCCAGCUUUGUGACCAAUGAGUAUAUGAGUAUCACAAUGACAAUAUGAAAUCCUGCUCAUCCUAUAGGUCAUACUGUUAACGAUAAUAGAAGACAACACAGCAGAGUGGAUGAUGCAAAAAGCAAUGCAGCAUAGAAGUUAAUAUUGUGAUAUUCAUAUUUUUACACUUUUCUUGCACAAAAUGUUCUGCUUUGUAUGUCAACCUUCGCGAGUCUUUAUGAUCAAGCCAGAAUGAUCAAACACAUGAUGGCUUUAAAGCGCCAUUUUAAAAAAAUGCACAUGAAAGUGAGGACUUCAAACUUUCUCCCAAAUUUUAUUUGGCAAGACAACAGAAAACCGGAGAUAUGGUCAUUUUAAU